CCUAUCAUUCGUUUUCAUUCACAACUGUCAAGUGUCAUAACCAUUCCCUUGUCAGAAUUCGAAACACACGUGUUUUUAUUAUUGUGAAAAGUAAAAAACAGAAAAAUGAAAGUUUUAUCAGAAGAACGGACGCGGAUAUUAUUCGAGAAAUUGACUAAAUACAUCGGCGUGAACGUAAAACUUCUAAUAGACAGACCUGACGGCACAUACUGUUUUAGAGAGAAGAAAGACCGUGUAUAUUACAUAUCAGAGAAGUUAUUACACCUCGCACAGACAGUCAAGCCGGACAAUUUGAUAGCGGCAGGAACAUGCUUCGGAAAAUUCACAAAGACGAAUAAAUUUAGAUUACACAUAACCGCACUGACUUACAUAGCGCCGUACGCGCCUUUCAAGAUAUGGGUAAAGCCAUCUGCAGAGCAACAGUUUUUGUAUGGACAUCAUAUUAUUAAAAGUGGUCUAGGCAGAAUAACAGAAAACACACCGAAACACCAAGGAGUGGUGGUGCAGACCAUGUCUGACAUUCCCAUAGGGUUUGGAGUCGCUGCCCGAACAACCGCAGAGUGCAGGAGUGCGGACCCUCUAGCGACUAUAGUGUUCCACCAGGCUGAUAUUGGAGAGUACAUACGCUCUGAGGAUACAUUGACAUAGUUAAUAAAUAGAUUUUGGCAAAGAAA